AUGCAAAUGAGCAGCAGUCUUCUGGAAGCUGAGAUGUUUCUUGCUUCUUUAAACUCGGAAGAAAGCGAUAAUGACUCGUAUAACCUAUUCAACACGCUGACGGGAAGAGGAGUUCAAGUACCACUAGGGCUUGAAGCUGGCAUGCCAAGCGAUCUAACGCCGGAGUCCUUUAAAUCAAACACAGGUUUUGACUCGGGUCUGACAGAAGGCCUUGCCUCUACAGAAUUCACUAGUCCACUAGACCCGGGAGACGGCGACCUAAAAGGUUCUUGCCGAGACCGAUUAUUGGUGAAUGGCGGCAACAUCAAUGUAUCAGCCAAUGGCGGGAAUGAGGCAGGAUUCCUGGGCUUGGAAGAACAUGAAGGUUUAAGCUCUGUCUCACCUUCCGUCGUAAACCGUAAGGUCGUACUUGCGGCGGGGUCAGUGACGGACUCGACAACCUCGGGUUCUAGCGGUAGCGCUGGCGCAUCCCAUGGUCGCAUUUCCAAGCCAAAGCGGGAAAGAAUGUCCCACAAUAUUAUCGAGAAAAAAUACCGGACGAAUAUUAAUGACAAGAUACUGCAACUUCGCGAGAUUGUCCCUGCUCUUCGCGUUGCUUCAAAACGUGAAGACGGGGUCACGGUUGGGGAAGAUGAUAUAAAGCAGCUUGAUGGGCUAGAGCCAGCCAGGAAGUUGAACAAAGCCUCUAUUUUGACGAAAACGAUUGAGUAUAUAAAACACUUAGAAGAAAAGUGCGCGUUCUUCCAAGCAGAGACCGAGAGGCUCAAGCAUGGUCAAAGCAUUUCCACUCCUGAGAGUAUACGGUACCUCUCACAGAAUGCUACCUUCAGUGGCGUGCCGUCUUCUACACAGAACACCCUCUCCAGUGAUGUCUCUUCUGCUACCUCUCCUUUCACUGCCAACGCUUAUCCAAACUCAAAUUCGUCCGGUGAUUUCAAUAACAAAUUUUUGCUUGGUGGCAUUGCAUUUACUAUGGGGAUGACUUGUUUUGGUGAUAAUGAUGACUUUCAAAAUGCUCGUGGGCUUUUCGCAAUGCCUGUUUUCCAUUACUCUCCGGCAACCAAUGGAUAUACAUUAUCGGAUACCUAUGGAACCGCCAUCAAUAUCAAAUCAUCAGUUAUAUCUAUGAUUCGGUUGGUUUUCUUCUUCUUUGUCGCCUUUCGCUUCCUUGUGUUGUUUCUCCACAAUAAUUCGCCAAAGCAGAAAUCAGAAAAAGAUAAUAUACCAGCUAUGAUAAUUAAGUUCUCAGAAGCUUUGGAAUUUGGUACUUCAUCAGGACUAUGGAAUACACUUAAAAAAACAUUAUUCGUUAAUCGCUUCAAGUAUCCCAAAAAUUGUAUUGAACGCGUUGAAUCAGAAAUGGCCAAGUGUUUUGUGCUUCAAAUUUACGCAAGAAAGUCGCAAUGCAUAGACUAUUUGCUGCACCGUUAUUGUAUGUCAUCAUGGACAACGUUAUCUAAGCAAGUGGCCAUAGCGAAUGCUGUGGCUGCGAAGAGAGGCCAGAGUUAUGGUAGGGAAUGGGAUAUGAUUACCAAUAUUUUGCAAUCUUCCUUGAAACAAACCAUUGAAUCGACGGAUACAUUAGAUAUACUCGAAAGAUCGGGUACUGUUGCAUAUUCGAUGAGAGACUUUAUCACUUUGGUAAAUGACUCAAUCAUCAAUUCAAAUAUCCAUUCGAUACUCGCCUCUUUGUUAGAUACACUCGUGGAUCCAUCAGUUGACUUGGAUGAUACAGUCAAAGGUAUAUACAAGGCGGAAAUUCAAGACGACAGAUCUCUCCAAUUCGCCCGCGAGAAUUACAUUGUCCUCAAUGCUUUGUUCAAUAUCUCCGAGGUUACUAGUAAGAACCUAUUAAACUUGCUCCGACUAGAAGAUAAACCAUCGAUAGAUACCAUUAACAAAGACCGUUUAUUUGUCUUGUAUUCCGCUAUUAUGAUACAGUUACUGUCAAAAGGUCAUUACGUCUACCUUUAUAUGUGGUUUAAACGGGUACCUCUAAGAUAUUUGGACGUUAGCAACUGUACUUUGUUGGGUGUCACAGGUAUGUACCUAACGUUACGCCAUAUAAUGGCGCAUGAGGAUCAUUUGCCGGACCAAGAAAUAUUUUCACUCCUCGAAGAGCUGGCCACUAAACUUCGUGUCUGGUUAGGUUCCGCUCCAGCUGAUGUGCUAGAUAUCGAGGUGAGAGGUAAGCUUAUUGAAUACUGCAUGAAUACUGCACUUUAUUGCGGUGGGAAAAUAGAACAUCCUACAUCGACGACUUUGAUGACUGACCAUGAUGAAGACGAAUCUGAAAGCUCUGAUUCGGAAUAG